CAGCUACACUUGAGAGCCGCGCGUUCAAGGGAAGGAGUAUAGCUCGCUUGUGCUACGGUUAUCUUCAGCAGUAAUAACACCAACAACCUUACACUUACGACACUUAUUAAACAAACUACUUGUUAGAAACUAUGCAAUCCUUCUAAUUUCACAUACCGACGAUCUGCAAGCACCACUAUCGGAGUUGAGGAACCCGAGACAAGUUGAAAACAGUGAUUAUAAACUCAGCAUUUCUUCUCAAGAAAUAAAAUUCAUCACAACCCUUUCGAUAUCACCAUGCCGCCUCGACCAGUUGGGCCUGACUGGAUCCGGAGGAGGCUCAGUUUCGCCAUCUUCUUAGCUUUCUUUGUGAGAGGCCGCGAUGCCGCGUUUUUCGCGCCGCUGGCUGUGCUGGCGAUAGAUACAAAUGUGAAACUUCAAAUGUUUCUUGCUGCUCUCUUUGCAUACAUGGUGAUCUGGCCAGUGACAACGGUAUGGGUCGCAUUUAUGUUCACCGGUGCCGCCAUGUCCCUCGUCGCCGACCGCAUUUGGCGGAGACGAGAGCGCGAUCGAGAGCAAAUCCAAGAGCGCAAUGCAGCCAGAGAGCAACCGAUCUUGGAAAGAUUGUGGCAUUUGCCAGUCGACGAUUGGGCGGAUUACGAUCCUUGGAAUGAUGCGUGGCCCGACGACGGAUACGAUGUGGAUUGAAUGAGAGUCUUGGUGUUGCGGAAUUCGGUCAUCACACGCAGCGCGGAAUAGCCUCCUUUUUUGUUUCAUUGUACCCUACAAGAAUCCCCUGCUAAAGUACCCAUAGCCAUAGUAUAUUAAACGAGUAGCGCGAAGUUUCAGAAUAGAGCGAAGCAGCAAUAUGAUCCACAACCAUUAUUUUCGUCUUGGAUCGUGAUAUGACAAAAACAUAUCUCAAUUACACAAAUAACUCGCUGAGAUCCUACCUUAGAUAGCCCAUUCCCCUAUAUUCCACGAAGAUCGCCAUAAUCAGGGCAGUCAGAUAGGCGGAGUAGGGAACGAUAUCCUGAAAAAGACAUCCUCCAAUCUCGGCAGCAAGCUAGCUUCUACUUUAUCAGCGAGGACUUCUCGAAACAGCGGCCUGACCAUGAUCCUCGUCAGAAGCUCGAUCUUCUGAUCGUCGGGAAUGAAGCGAUACGGCAACCCCCUUAUUCUCUUGAGAUCGUGAUGCUGAAUCUCUUCUUCCUGGGCUGCGGCUAGUCUCUCGAUCUCGGGUAUUC